UAAAAGCACGCCUUCGGCGUAAAGACUAGAAGAUUGUUUUGACAAAAAAAGAUGACCAAACUACAGUUGCGCGCGCGCGUAUGAGAUUUCCGUGUAGAGUGGAAAGUAUCAGCGGAGUUGAGGGCAGGUGGAGUGGAGCGGAGUUGAGUGCAGGUAAGCGAAGAACAUUCCUUAUUAAAUAUCCGUUUUCUACUCCAUACCAUUUUGUUACAGGUGUGUGAAUGGCGUCAAAGCGUAUCUUGAAGGAGCUCAAGGAUCUUCAGAAGGAUCCUCCUACAUCCUACAAUGCAGAUCAUGUUGGGAUGUCCAUGUCUUAUAUGGAAGGUGUUUCCUACCCUGCAACUCCAGAUUGGGAUAUUGAAAGGCCAUUUCUGACAGGUCAAAUUUAUUUGGAUAUUAAAGUAACUGGACAGCGCACAGGGAGUAAGAAUAGCAGUAUUGAUGCAUUCAAAAAUGGGGAUGUUAACAGAGCCAUUGGAAUUUUCACUCCAUCAGUUCAGGAACUCUUGGUAAUUGAUGAUUUGCUGUUUACAAUGACUGGUAUUGAAGGAAAGUACAUUUGGAUGAAAAGAGGAAGGGGAAAGGAUAGUCAUAUCAUAUUUCAAGUUGAUGCAUCUAUGGAUUUAGCAUUACAGGAAUUAGCCAAGCGAAUACUACCCUUGUGUGAAAACUAUAUUGUAAUACAUUCAUUUGUGGAGUCACGAUCACACUUCAAACAUGGACUGGUGAAUCAUGCAUUUGCUGCUACAUUGAGAACAAUUCUACAAGACUACCAUGCAAUGGUGGCACAGCUAGAACACCAAUUUAGGUUAGGAAGAUUAUCCCUUCAGGGACUAUGGUUUUUUUGCCAGCCAAUGAUGGGUGCCAUCCAGGCUUUAACUACAGUGGUACAAAAAGCUUCUGCACAAAAUCUCUCAGGCUCUGCAAUAUUGAAUCUCCUGCAGAACCAGGCUGCAGCUAUGGCUGGUGACAAUGCUGCAAGGUCCUUACUUGAGAAGCUCUCGCAAUAUGCUAGUGCUGCAUACCUUGGCAUCUUAGAAAGGUGGGUCUAUGAAGGAGUGAUUGAUGAUCCAUAUGGUGAAUUUUUUAUUGCUGAGGACAAGACUUUGCAAAAGGAGAGUCUCACUGAGGACUGCAAUGCUAAAUACUGGCAACAACGUUACAGCCUCAAGCCUGGUAUUCCUAGCUUUCUCUUGAAUUCAGCAGAAACAAUUUUGACAACUGGCAAAUAUUUAAACGUUUUGAGAGAGUGUGGCCAUAGUGUUCAGGUCCCCUUCUCGGAAAAUGCAAAACUAACAAAUUCAGGUUCAGACCACCGGUAUCUAGAAUGCAUAAAUAUAGCAUACAACUUUGCGAGUGCAGAGCUUUUAAACCUAAUUACUCAUAAAUAUGAUCUUAUGGCCAGAUUGCGGUCUAUGAAGCAUUACUUUCUCCUUGAUCAGGGUGAUUUCCUUGUUCACUUCAUGGAUAUAGCUCGAGAUGAGCUUGCUAAGAAGCCAGCUGCAAUAUCAGUAGAGAAGCUACAGUCUUUACUGGAUCUUGCCCUACGAACAUCGAUUGCUGCGACUGAUCCCUUUCACGAGGACCUCACCUGCUGUGUGGAAAGAACCUCAUUGCUAGUUCAAUUGGAUGCCAUGAAGAAAAUGGGUAAUGGCAUGUCAGACCUAAACACAGACGCAGAGCCUUUAGAAGGUGACAAAUCCAGUUCAGAUAUUAGUAACCAAUCGGAUUCAAUCAGUGUUACUGGCUUGGAGACUUUUACCCUUGAUUAUAAGGUACCGUGGCCAUUGUCUCUUAUACUAUCAAAAAAGGUUCUUACUAAAUAUCAGCUUAUUUUCCGUCUUCUUUUCCACUGUAAACAUGUACAACGUCAGCUUUGUGGGACAUGGCAAGCCCAUCAGGGAACUCGUGGUGUGAAUUCACUUGGAACAACAAUUUCAGGCUCUUAUGUGCUUUGCCAAAACAUGCUUCAUUUCAUGCAAAGUCUGGUGCAUUAUCUUACAUUUGAGGUUCUUGAGCCCAAUUGGCACGUUAUGUGUGACAAGCUACAGAAUACGGAGAGUAUAGAUGAGGUAAUGCAGCAACAUGAUUUUUUCCUCAACAAAUGUCAGAAGGAAUGCCUUCUUCUUUGGCCAGAAAUCUUGCAGAAAGUGGAAAAGUUGAAAUCCAUAUGUCUACAAUAUGCAGCAGCAAUACAUUGGUUGAUACCAUCUGUAUCUGUCUUAGAUUCAGAUGCUCCUAAGGUCACUUCUUCUGAAAGUGUUGUCCAAAAGGAGAAAUCAAACAAAACAACAAACAGAAUAAGAUCAACUCACAGGGCCCUGGCCAAUCGGGUUUGGAGAUCAUCAGAUGAAGAAACAUUUAAGACUACUCUUGAAAAAUUUGAGGAGGAAUUCACAGAACAGAUGAAAGGUCUUAUAACUGUCUUAAGCAGUCGUUCACAAUCUGAGCCAUAUCUAGCUCACUUGGCUCAAGGGUUACAGGGUGUUGGAAAUAAUUUAUAAAAUUGCCCUGUUUUACUCUUGAAUUGUUUUUUAAGCCAUACUGGGUUCACUUGUUCAAUUUAUGUGGGGUCUUGGAAUUGAAUUUUAAUUUAGAAGUUCUUUAUUCUUUGUGCUUUGCAUACCAGAGUGUUAGCAGCAACUUUUAUAAAAACCAUUUGUUUGUGUGGA